AUUCUCUUAACAUUUGUAUAUUUUUCAUCGAUCAAUCUGUUUAAAAAAUGAAGCUCUCUCUGCGUUUGGUUUCAGCCCUUCUCCUCUCCAUCAUGCUCCUCUUUGCCACAGGAAUGGGUCCUGUGGAAGCAAGAACGUGUGAGUCACCGAGUAGCAAAUUCUCAGGAGUUUGUCUCAACUCACAGACCUGUGCCAAAGCUUGCCCCAGUGAAGGUUUUACUGGCGGUCGAUGCAAUAGUCUCCGUUGCUACUGCUCCAAACCUUGCUAAUUUAUCAAUUAAAAUCAUCAUUAUUCGAAAUAAAUUUAAUGAACAAAUAAAAAAUAUUAUCCUCUCUCUCAUCGUUUUCUAGUUUUCAAUUCGAGAGUCAUGUAAUAAUCUUGCAAAAGGGACUAUUUUGUUAAGUGUUUUUUUUUUGUAUAUAUAUGAUGUGAUUUUCCUUUUUGUAAUUAAGAAUCCUAAGUGUUCAUGUAUUAUAUAAAAUCUGCUUAUAUAUAAUAUCGUACCAUCCACCAUGUAAGUAUGUAUAUAUUUUUUUUUUGAA